CUCCCUCUUCUGCACCUCGUCCCGCACGCCUACUCAACGAGACUCGAACGUCGCGUGCCCCACGGCAUGUUCCCCAAUGCAUAUGCCGAGGCGUAGAACAAGACCGAGAGGGUUAAUACGCACAAAGACUGCCCAACCAGGUCGCUCACGGCCGGUGUCGGCUCGGCCACACCACAGUCGUCUGGAUAGAACAUCGCAUCACGCUGAGUUCCUCUUUCUCCCUCUCCAUCUCAUCUCAGUCUCUCUCUUCUCCCUCUAUCUUCCUCUAUUCGGCCUUGCUUGGCAUUACAGCCAGAAUGAUAACCAGGACCACCAACCCUGACAUCCCACACCUCCGCCGUACCGGCGACACCACCCAACUCAUCGUCGAUGGCCAGCCUUUCCUUAUCCUCGGCGGCGAGCUGCAGAACUCUUCUUUCUCUUCUUCACAUUUCAUGGAAGAUGUCUACCCUAAGCUAGCAGCCGCCAAUCUUAAUACUGUCCUCGGCUCUGUAAGUUGGGAGCAGACUGAACCCGAGGAAGGGCGGUUUGACUUCGCAGAGCUCGACCGGAAUAUCCUUGCUGCUCGCAACAACGGCUUGAAGCUGGUGUUGUUGUGGUUUGGAAGUUUCAAGAAUGGAAAAUCAACAUACGUCCCAUCAUGGGUCAAGAUCAACCCACGCCGCUUCCCACGUGUGCAAACGCACCGCAAAGACGGCACCCUUGAGACCAUCGAAGUCCUAUCAAUCUUCGACACGGCAGCGCAAAAAGCCGACGCAAAGGCCUUCGCAACACUAAUGAAGCACCUCCGCGAAGUAGACGAAGCACAUUCAACCGUCAUCAUGGUGCAAGUGGAGAACGAAAUCGGGAUCCUAGGCGAUUCACGAGACCGCAGCCAUGCAGCAGAAGUACGCUACAAAUCGCCCAUCCCCGAAGAGCUGCUCCGCAUCUUGCUCAGCGACAAAUCGAACUUCACUGGCCCCUUCCGCCGGAACUUCGGCCAGCUGGACGCAGACGCUGUCCCCGCCGAUGCGAGCUGGUACGAUCUCCCCGCUGAUCGGCAGCGUAUCGAUGAGCUGUUCAUGGCGUACCACUACAGCCUGUACGUCGAGCAGGUAGCGUCGGCCGGCAAGCGCGCCUACCCGCUCCCACUCUACACGAACGUCUGGCAGAACUAUGGAGGGGAGGACAACGACCCGAGCGUGCCGACCGUCGUCGGCGGGGGCGGAACCCCAGGCGACUACCCCUCAGGUGGCGGCGUGGAAGAAGUGCUCGACAUCUGGCAACUCUUCACGCCUUCACUCGACUUCAUCGCGCCGGACAUCUACCUCAACGACUAUUCCAAGACCUGCGCAAAAUACACCCACCGCGGCCAGCCGCUGUUCAUCCCGGAGCAGAGACGGGACGAGUACGGUGCGCGCCGCAUCUGGCAUGCCUUUGGUUCACACAACUGCAUCGGCACCGCGCCGUUCGGAAUCGACUCUCUCGACCUCGACGAGAAUCCAUUCAAAGCACACUACGGCCUCCUAGCAGAUGCAGCGCCACAUAUCCUGCACGCACAAGCAACGCCCUCAUCAAGCGCAGGCUUCUUCUUCGACGACCUCCCUCCAACCGGACCCGCCACCUCUCCCCCAUUCACUCUAACCUUCGGCCCCUGGUCUCUAAAAAUCGAACGCUCCUUCGUCUUCGGCCAUCCCUCUCCCGGCUCCGGAAUGAUAAUCCAGCAAACACAAAACACCUUCCUCCUCCUAGGCUGGGGUUUCCAAGUGACUUUCACCUCCACCAAUCCCGCAGCAUACUUCACCGGCAUCCUGCGCUUCGAAGAAAAGCAAGUAGUCGAUCGGGCGACAGGGGCGAUGCGCACUGUGCGGCUGCUGAACGGGGAUGAGACGCAGAGUGGGCGGUUCGCGAUUAUGCCGAGUGCGAAGCCGGAUUAUGGCGGGUUCCCGAUUUGCGUGACGGUGCCGGCGCGGACGGGCAUGGCGGUUUGUGAGCCUUAUGCGCUUGUGAGGAAGUAGGAGAUAAUUGACUCGUAGAUCAUUAACAUUAAAAU